AUGAGCAAAUGUCUCGACAUCCACAUCCAUCCUUCCAAGCACGGCCAGGUCGCAGAGCUGUGCAGCACCUUGGCAGCCGUAACGGGCGUAACCUUUCAACUCAGCGAGGACGAUGUCGAAUGGCCACCCGGAGUGUCGCGGUUCGACUGGGCUAUGACACCGGGCCAGACAUGGGAUCUGUACGGUCACGCCGUUCUGAAGCUGUCGCCACCCGAAGCGGCGCGCGUUCUUGCUCUGCACCACCACAUGCCGCCAACCCCUGCAACGGUGUACAUCAAAGACACAAGCCCGCUCUCAACUAGUGGGCCGGUUCCGUACACAGUCUGUGUGGGCACGCGCGAUGAACACGUCCACGGUAGGCGUGCUAGGCGCGCACUCUGGAAGCGGCCGUCCCCGACGUCGGCAGAUAUCUAUGAUGCACUGCUACCCUGGACUACGCCCCGAUACGUGUACAGCAGUGACUACGUAUUCGAAGACUGCUCGGCCUCUUCCGAUGAAACGACGCUGCUCGAUGUCGACUGGGACGAUCAUCCGGCUGACGACAGCGUGUACGGUUGGUGUGCGACGAUUGUCUUUGCAUCUGAGUCCCACUACAUGAAGGCUCGAAAGGGAUGCGCCGGAGAGAUCUGUGGUUGGAAAAUCCUCGAAGUUAGGAUUCACCCUCUGUUCCGGGACCGCCUGCCUUACGUUCUCGAAGUUUUGUUCAAGGCGACCGGAAUCCAUCUCCCUCUCGACGAGAGCAUCAUCGUCUGGCCGUUCCAUCUCCGCGCCUGGAACAGGCAUGACUACCGUACGAACAUUGCCGACUUUGGGCGAGCACGCAUUCAACUUUCCGAGAACGCCACUGCGCGAGUGCUCGCUCUGUACAACAACCAGAUGGCGUGUCCCAGCGUGGUCUUCAUCUCUGAUCCGCUUCAACCGCGCCGCCGCCAAGGGUUUGAAGUAUUCCUCGGUACCCGCGAUCCGGUCGUGGCAUCGAUCAGGCAACGACGAGCGUUCUGGGAGCGCAAGGUGCCGACCGCGCAAGAAGUAUAUGAUGUCUUGCUGCAGUGGACGACGCCGCUGGACGUAUCGAUUCACUGUCACACCAUUGAGGCCGAGUUUGACGAGAAUGACUCGACAUUCUUUGAGCCGGAGUGGUGGUGCGAUGACUCGGACGAGACAAUCUUCGGAUGGUGUGCUGGCAUCACCUUCAGGGACGAGGAGGAGUAUAAGAAAGUCAGGAGAGAGAUCAAGGGCCGGUUCUGGGAGUGGGACAUGUGA